UGUUGUGCUUUUAAACGUUUUUCUUUAGGACAUGUCCAGGCAAGUGCUGAAAACGAAACUACCUCAAAAUAAGUUAAUAUAGCUCACACUGAGCUGUUAUUUCACACGAUUACGGUUUAACACACGGAUAGUAGACUCUUUGUUGUUGUUUUGUUUUCCGGGUUGUUUUGUAAAGUUGACGAGAAUGUUCGCUGUCAGAAAUGCCACUGUUCUGGGCAUUAUUGCACAAAUGCCUUGUUAUUGUGCCUCCCACAUCGUAGUGACGCACUUGUCUUUUUAUCACGGGUUACCAGCUCCAAAGAGACACAGCCCGUACAGCACAGUGGAUACAGGGCGCUACUCUUCUCUAGUAAAGUCUGCCAUGUCCAGAGUCAGCGCACAGACCCCUCUUACCAUCCAAGAGGAGGAUGACCACAUUUAUGGACCUGUUAUUAAGACUCCCCCGCCUACCACACCCACGAGAGGAGAGGUGAGGACCCCCAAAGUGCUCCAUCCUUUUUUAGAUCCCCAAGAGAUGACAACAGAGGAGGCGGCAGAGACAGGACCACCAGCUCAGAUCCACCUGAACAGGGGACAGGGCAGGAGUGCUGUCCCAAGUGUAACUCGCAUCCUUCAGCAGACUAUGUCCACAGAGCAGAUAUUUUACCUGGAGAGAUGGAAGAGGAAGAUGGUACAAGAGCUGGGAGAGGAGGGCUUCAAGGAGUACAGCCAGAAUAUUUUUAGACAGGGAAAGACAUUUCAUUCAGCUUUGGAGGAGGCUUUAACAUCUGGUGUGAAGUGGACUAACCGGGACCCCUCUGAGAUGUCCCAGUACCCCCCAGAGGUCCGCGGGUACAUGCAGAGUGUGUCACAUGUCCUGGAAGAUGUCCGCGAAGUGCGUGCCAUAGAGAGCACCGUUCAACACAACGCACUGAACUAUCUCGGCAUUGUGGACUGUGUUGCUCGCUACAGGGGCGUCUUAUGCGUAAUUGAUUGGAAGACUUCAGAAAAACCUAAACCAUUUCUUAGCAACACAUAUGACAACCCAAUCCAAGUAGCAGCCUACGCAGGAGCUCUGAACACUGAUGCCAACUACAAAUAUCAGGUUGAGAAUGGACUUAUAGUUGUUGCCUAUAAAGAUGGCUCACCUGCCCACGCCCAUCAGCUGAACUCUGACCUGAUGUUAGACUUCUGGAAAACCUGGCUGCUCCGUCUCGAGGAUUUUUUUGAAAAGAGGUCUGCCCAAACUUCAAAUAACUUUCCAGAAAAGCUAUGAUGACGAGCUUGAUUUGAUCUUCUUGAGAAUGCUACCAAGUGCUACCAUUAUGUAGCACUUGGUGUGAAGUCAAACCAACAUUCUCUGUAUGUAGGGUCGUCUUCAGUAAAUCCUAACCCUUUGAAAAGCUGACAGGAGACUGUGUUGUCCUCUUCAAUGAAGCAGUACACCGGGUAUCCCUCAGUAAAGAAUCUUCUGGCCAGUGCACUGAUCACCAUUUUGGCAUAGCCUUUUCCUCUAUGUUCAGGAACGGUGUACAACAUCCCCAUAGAGCCGCAUGCAUAUGUUAAAACCCAGGACACAGGCCUUCCUUCUGCAUCCAAAAUGCAACAGGAUGGGAAGUUAAACACCAUGUUUUUAAUCAUCCCCCAAGCGUCUUUUCUUCCAAACUUCCACGUCUUAAUGACAAUUUCAAUGUGGGAUUCAUUCAAAGAACCUAUAGAGAUUCCAGCACUUGAGAAAAAGGAGAGUGUUUUUAGUUGAAUUAUGAAAGUAAUAAAUGAGAAAAGGUAACAGUAAGUUUUACCAGUUGAUAUCAGGAAGACUGGACACAUCUUCUAGGAUUAAUCUCUGACACACAGCCAGAUGUCUGCAUACAGUGUGUUUUUCUAAUGCCACUGUUGCAAAUAUUGCCCUGUUGACAAGAUGAGUACCUAUCAAUUAGAAAAACAAUAAUCUGAUUAUUCAGUUUACCUGUUACCCAAAUUAAGACAUAACCUUUAACAUUUAAUAUUGAAUCCUGAAAUGAAUAAGAAAAUAAAAAUGUAUUUCUAAUAAAAACUUUUUUUUUUUUUUUUUGAUGAAUAGUAAAAUACGAAAAAUUAUCUUACCAAUUUACACUUGUUGUUCACAUAUUGCUGAAUUUAUCACUUUAAUAUGUUAACUAAUAUGUUAACUAAUAGCCAGACUUGUUACUUACCAACACAGAAGGCCUUUGACCAAUCAAACACUUUAGAAUUCCGUAUUAUUUCUUCCAAUGUUGCUUCAUUGUUUGCAAAAACGUCUAUGUCUUUAAACAAGUCCUCUUCCUGGAUACAAAUAAAAAAUAAGUUCAAUAAGUCGUGACCAUAACCUUACAUUGUCUCUGUAAUAGCCUACAAGUGCAAACCUUUUCACAAAUUGGUUUACAAACAACAACACUAAAGUCAGGCCAUUGGUCCACAAAAAACUUUACUGGAUCAGACUGACUGGUCCUGAGCUUCUGCUGCAAAUAUCCGUACACCUUUAUUUAAAAAAAAAAAAAAAGUGGUGUUUUAAUGUGAAAUAUAAAGAACAGAACUGUCUUUUUUUGUAAAGACACAUACCUUUAUAGAGUGGGGUAAAUAUUGUUUCAGUUUAACUUUUGCACUCUCAAGUUGCUCUGUUGUCAGUUCCAUUGUAAUCUACGAUUUCAUGUGAAUAAAUACAUAUAAAAAAUGACUGACUAAAAUGAAAUCAUGCCACGCAAAGACUUGAAACUAGUGUGUGGAGCUGACCGCUGGCGCUUCUCUAUAUGUGUAAAGGUUGGCGCCUCCCACACGCACUCAGCACAGCCCAUGGAUCUAUGACCACACGACUGUCCAUGAUCCAUGUGCACAGUGCCAGCCUCAUGCGCCUGCGCCUGCCCUGUGGUCACCAGGCAGAGAAGCUCGUCUGCGGUAUUGUAUCGCAGUUUCGACACGUAACUGUAACCAUUUAACAUGGAAUUUUAUUGGAAAUAACUAUUUGUAGAGGCUAUUAUAAGACAAUAAGUUAGAUUAGUAAUGUAGGCCUAUAUAACAGGCUAUAUGAAACAACAUAUUUUUUAUGGUUGCAUUCUUUAUUAUUAGUAUUAUGCUAAAACGUUUUUCUUUUUGUGUAUGCUCUCUGAUAAAAAUAAAGUUUAAAUGGUGAAACUUC